AUGGUCUUUAUGAUGACCAAAGGCAAGGCCAAGGAGUCCGAAGACACAGAUGUGGUGGAAGGGCCCACGCCCAAUGAAGAGGAAACCGAAGAGCCUGAACACAUGAAGGAUGAAAGCGAAGAAGCUACGACUUUGGAGGUGAAGAUGGAGCAGAUCAGAUCUGAUCAGAUGAAGAUGGACGAGCUCAGUCCACCGCGCAAGGAGCUUGAUGACGAGCUGUUGACCACCAUCGAACUGCUCAUGGAAGCCUACAGCGAGAAGACAGUGGAUGGCCAAGAGCUUUUAGAGCCCUUCACGGAACUGCUGGAGGUCUUGCGCGAGAGCGAAGAGAAGACAGAUCAAGAAAUCAAGGAUGUGCUGUUGGAAGUGAUUGGCAUCAUCCAAGAGGAGAGCUGA